GCUGCACGGCCGCGUACCCGACCUCGCGCUACGUCACAACCGUGUCUCCGUUGCACAGACCGUUCGCCACUGUCCGUCCGGCUGCUGGCCGUUGCGUCGCUGAACAGCUACUACAGACUCUGACGCCUGCAGGUGUAUAUAUAUAUAUACACGUAUACGAACGUAGUCCGGCGUAAGGCUCAGAGUGCUGUUGUACGUUUAGUGAGUGCUGUGUAACAGAACUUUUGGGACGCGACUGGAUUUCAGGUAGAAGAGAAGACAGAUUAAUCAAGUGGUGUUUCGGCUCUAUUCCUUAGAGCACUCCAGAAUUAGUAAAAUGCCUUCAAACUCCAGAACUUGUUGACAAUUAUUAAGCCCGGCCUAGUCCGGUCACAACAACCAACUAUUAGGAAUCAUGUGGUGGAGCCGCUGGCCCCUCGUGGGGCUUCUGCUCGCCAUUUUGGCCCCCGCGUCGCCAUCUCCCCGCAGAGGUAGACACAGAACCGUCCCCGAUGGCCCCAGGGCUGAGCCCCUCGUGGCUCAGCAAGUGCCCCCGCAGCGGAGGGAUCCCUUCGAUCCUCACAAGGAUUCAGAAGAAUUCCGAAGAGACGCACCUGACGAUAAAAGAGAUUUUGCAAAUAGAUUAACAGGCGAUGAGGAUCCUUUAAUCAUUAGAACGACGAAGGGCAAAGUGAGAGGCACUACUGUUACAGCAGCCACAGGGAAGAAGGUGGAUGCAUGGCUAGGUAUUCCUUAUGCCCAAAAACCAGUAGGAUCGUUAAGGUUUAGGCAUCCUCGACCGUUUGAAAAAUGGGAAGGUAUAUUGAAUACUACGAAGCAUCCGAAUUCUUGUGUUCAAAUUAUAGAUACACUUUACGGUGAUUUUCCAGGAGCUACAAUGUGGAAUCCAAAUACCCCACUGAGCGAAGACUGUCUGUAUAUAAACGUAGUGGUUCCAAGACCGAGGCCUACCAAUGCGGCAGUUAUGGUUUGGGUUUUUGGCGGUGGGUUCUAUUCGGGAACCAAUACGUUGGACGUAUACGACCACAAUAUCUUGGUGUCCGAAGAGAACAUCAUUCUUAUAUCGAUGCAGUACCGGGUCGCCUCGCUAGGCUUUAUCUAUUUUGGUACGGCCGAUGCCCCUGGCAACGCAGGACUGUUCGACCAGCUGAUGGCCUUGCAAUGGAUCAGAGACAACGUGGCAGCGUUUGGGGGGAAUCCCCAGAACGUAACACUGUUUGGAGAAAGUGCCGGAGCCGUCUCCGUGUCGUUGCAUCUGCUGAGUCCUCUAUCUAGGAAUUUGUUUUCACAGGCUAUAAUGGAAUCUGGAAGUGCAACAGCACCUUGGGCUGUCAUAUCUAGGGAGGAAAGCAUUUUACGCGGACUGAGAUUAGCAGAAGCCGUCAAAUGUCCUCACGACAAAAGUAAUUUGGCUGCCGUGGUCGACUGUUUGAAGAAGAAAGAUCCUGUAGAUUUAGUGAACAACGAAUGGGGCACAUUAGGUAUAUGCGAGUUUCCUUUUGUACCAAUCAUAGAUGGCGCUUUCUUGGAUGAAUCGCCUGGUCGUGCAAUGGCCAAUAAGAAUUUCAAAAAAACGAAUAUCCUGAUGGGCUCCAACACCGAGGAAGGGUACUACUUUAUCAUGUAUUAUUUAACGGAAUUGUUCAAGAAGGAAGAAAACGUAUACAUUAGCAGACAGGAGUAUUUAAGAGCCGUCACUGAACUGAACCCCUACGUUGGCCCUGCUGCUCGACAGGCCAUAGUCUUCGAGUACACGGAUUGGCUGAACCCAGAUGAUCCUGUGGCCAAUAGGGAUGCCUUAGAUAAAAUGGUAGGGGACUACCAAUUCACGUGUAAUGUGAACGAGUUUGCUCAUCGAUACGCAGAGACGGGAAACAAUGUUUACAUGUACUACUAUAAACAUCGAACGAUUGCUAAUCCUUGGCCAUCAUGGACAGGCGUUAUGCACGGUGAAGAAAUAGCCUACGUGUUUGGAGAGCCACUGAAUCCAGCUAAGUCCUAUACAGCACAAGAAGUGGACUUGUCCAAAAGAAUUAUGCGAUAUUGGGCUAACUUUGCUAAAACAGGUAAUCCUUCUCUGGCGCCUAAUGGUGUGUGGACGGCCACAUUUUGGCCUUUACACACUGCCUACGGUAGAGAGUACCUAACUCUAGAUGUCAAUAGUACUGCAACCGGUCGUGGACCACGGUUAAAGCAGUGCGCUUUUUGGAAGAAAUAUUUGCCACAACUGCAACAGCUUACAGUAGAACUUCAGCAGAAACCAGCUGCAGAAAAUUGUACUAGCGGUGCUAGUCAAACGUACGCAUAUCAGCACAAUAUCUUAGGAGUAACUACGUAUCUAGUACCAUUACUUUUCAGUUGGUUCAGUUGGGUGGUAGCGUAGAGAACAAUAGACAAAAGACCAAUUGGAACAUUCUAAUAGCGCAAAGAAGAGAAAUACAAAAAAGGGCAUGCGUAGAGCAGUGGAUUUUAGAAAAAUUUUCGCUUUUUGCUGUUUAGAAGAUCCUCCCGGUAUAUAACGUGCUAAAGAUUGUGAACUAAAACCAAAAAAAAAACUAGUUUGAGUCGCUUUGAUUUGGAACCUUGAUCAGUAGAUUUUAUAAUGUAUAUCGACACGAAAUGAUUGUCAAAUAAUACACACAUACCAGUUGAUUCGAAAAUUAAUGAAAUUUCGUGGUACUUAUUAUAUAAGUUUCUUCAAGCCCUGUAGAUAGACUACAAAUUAAUACUAAUAAGUGUUAGAAAGCAUCUAAAGGUAAUGAACGAUGUAGUUUUACUGCUUUUCAAGAUUUUGAAAUCCAAAAAACACUCAAACAAAAUUUUGACGAUUGUUUAAAAAAUAUUCUGGUUGCAAUUUUAUAAAUAUCUUUAUUUUUAGGCUCAAUAUAUUAUAUCGAAACCUUAUCGAAAGUAAAAGUUACAUAUCAUUAAAUUAGUUAAUAUAAGUAGGCUAGAUUCAAAAGAUAUGUUAUAUUUUAAAUAAUAAUAUAAAGAAUUAUUAAAUAAUAUCCAUAUUUUCAUAAGUUUACUACCGCCUAAGUGUAUACAGUUAUACAGCGUGUUUAAAUUUAAUCGGACAAAUUUUGACAGUUCUGGCAUAUUUCGUAUAAAAAAUAUAUUCAAGAUUCAAACAGUGUAUCACACUGUAUGUACAGGGUGGCGCCUCUCAUAGGACGAAGAGGAGACCAACUAGUAGGUUAAUUUAAAGCAUUUCUUAAAAUUAUAUAGAGUUCUGCAGGGUGUCCCUAAUAAAAGUUACGCAUCAAA